AUGAUGGUAGAGGAGCAGCAUGUGGCUGAGGGCCAGUUGGCUGCACCAGCCCUUUCAGAGUGCAUUGAGGUGGUUGCACCUGGGGAAGCGGGCCAGACAGGCCAGAAGGCAUUCACUUUGCCAUAUGGUGUGUGCACUUUGCCAGACUUACAGCAAAGGGCCUACAUCAACAAAGAUGGCAAAGCUGAAUGGGUUUGGGCCAGGGUGCACAGCUACUGCCAGAUCCAGAAGGAACCUGGCAGAAUGCUGAUGCACAGCAAAGAUGCACUCCUGAAAGAGCUGGGAGAGCUUCAGGUGCCUGAGGCUGGCCUCCAUUACAGGGGCAUGGACACACCAGCUGGUGAGUCUGACUGGAAGGACCACACUUUGGAAUCCUCAACUUUGCUUGGGGCCUUGGUGUACCUCUUCAAAUUGAGACAACUGAAGGAAAAUGCAAAAGUCAAAGCCAUGAAGCUCCUGUUGGAGCUGGCAGGGAAAGCCUUGCCAUUUGCCAACCUACAGCAGCCAGUGCCUGCCAUGCUCCAAAGGCCUACUGGCCCCAUGGCAAGUGCCCAGCUCUUCUUCACACCCCAGGGCCUGACACAGGAUUGGGGCAAGUUGCUGGCACUGUCACCAGGGGGUGCUGAGCUGUGGAAAAGGCUUGGAACCAGGACUUGGCUGAAUAGAUGCAUUGCAUCUUCCUUGGAAAAUGCAACAUUCCAAGAUAUCCUCUUCUUCAAUGCCUACCUCAUGUGCCACCCCAAGGUGAAAGGAAGGGGCCAACUGCUCUGGACUGCAAUUGGUUCCACUACCUUGCCUGAGCUGGUCUUUCACCUAGGCACCUGGCUGGAUGCCCUUGCUUUGGCCAUGAAGGAGGAGCCACUUCAGAUGCUGCCCAUUCUGAAGACCAAAGAAGGCAAUGCCAGGCUGCUGGCAGAUCCAGUGAACCGCAUGCUGCUUCUGUGGAAGCUUAGGAGAAGCAAGCAGCAUAGGUUGGAGAUAGCUGGCACACAUGGUGAUCUGGGUGGCAACACCAUCAGAAUGAUGAGGUAUGAAGCAUAUCUGGAUUGCCUUUUGCACAGCAAGGCCCUUGAGUAUGCUUUCAGUGGCUACAAGCAAGUCUGUGUCUCCUGGGACCCCAGCUCCUAUGGUGGCAAAGACAUUUUCAUUGGAUGCUUGUAUGUGCCACAGUGCAACCAAGCUGCAUACCUCAUGAGCCAGCAUUUGGGUGCCACCUACCUUGGAGAAUUGGAUGGGUCAUUGCUUGAGCUGGGCCAAGCCAGAAAACUCACCAGACUUGAGGGCUACAGGGAGGUCAAAGGCCUAAGCUCAUCACUGGAAGGUGUGGGGCUGUCCUUGAAGGACUUCUUUGUGCCUGAAGGACUGGUGCUCAGGCCUUUGGCUCCCCAUGAGCUCAGGAUUCAAGGUCCAGGUGGGAGAUGGUACAUCCAAAAUGAAAAGACUGGAGAGACCAAACCUGAAGCCCCAGAGGACUUUGAUUUUGGGGCUCUUCCUGCUCUCAUCUCCAUUUCAGACCAAGGGCCAGCAAACACAGCUGCACUCAACUACUUGAUGUUUAGCUCCAAGGCUUUGCUUCUGUGGUCCCUAUGGGACCCUUACCACAGAGCUUGGAACGACCUCAAGUUGGCCCUCAAGCGCUGUGCUGGUGAUGGGUGGAGAACAGUGCUAGAACUCACCCUGGUUGCCAAUAUGAACUAUGGCCCAUUUGGAAGUGGCAGUUGGUUCUUCAAGAAGAAAGCCAAAUUGCAAGACUUCCUGAUGACCAGGGAUGUGAACAGUCCUGCCUGGAACAACUUCCAGCAUCUUAUUUGUCAAGAAAGAAGGGUUUCUGAACCCAGCAAUCUGGAAGAAGCACAGGAACUGUUCACUGAGAUGGCUAGCCUGCAAUCCUUCAACACCAAAGGCCCAUUGGUGAAGCUCAUGCGCUGGUUCUCAUUUUUCGAGUCAAUGGCAUUCCUGGAUGGUGAGUUUUAUAUGACUAAACUCAUCCUUCUCCAUGCUGCUGAGAAAGCAGAUGCUGGCUCAGAGGCAGAGAUUGAUGAGGGCUUGCCACAGGAAAAAGACCACAAGAAGGAGCUUGCAGAGCUGAAAAAACGCAAGGGCACAUGGAGGUUAGCCCCAAGCCUCAUCAAUGGCAAAUCCCUUUGCAUGAAGGACUGCAUCAUGGCCUGUGGGAAGGCAAUAUGGCAGAACUUCUCUGAGAGAGCAAGGGAGGCUUGCUCCCCCAUGCAGGUGAAGGAGCUGAACAUAGCAUGUGCUCAGAGCAGGUUCUGGGCUUGUGAGCUCUUGGACAUGUUGGAAUCUUCUUUGGAGGAGGAGAAAUGCCUGAAGCACCUCUUUCCAGAAUUCCAAGGGCAUGAAAGUGCCAUGACCUGGCAUUGUGACCUCUUGGCAAAGCUCCUGGAGACCAGGGCAAUGAGCUUGGCUGUCUUCUACCUGAUGCCACCCAGCCUCUACUGCCACCUGCUGUCCUAUGACCCUGAGGUGUCCAGGGAAGCACAUGACUUGGCGCGGAAGCAUUGGGGCAUGUUGCUAGCAGCUGAGGAGGCCCAUGCUGCUGGUGCAACAGUCAAGCCUUUGUCCAGCAUCUACUGGAGGUUCAGCCCACUCAUCAGGGCUUUGUUCAUGGCUUUUGAGGAAGAUGCCCGCAAGUGCCUAGUGUACACCACACAAAGUCAAGCCAUGAGAUUGCAGCUGCUCUUCACUCAGCACCUGGGAGAUUCCAGGCUGAUUGAGAACAUUCACCAACAUGGAAGAGAUCUUUGCAGGGCCAGCAAAUCCAAUUCCAUGUCGAAUGUGAGCAUUAUGGCCAAUGUCUUGAGAUGUGGUGUACUGGAGGGCAGGAAAGUCCCUAUGGUUGCUGCCAAGGAGAUCAUGAAGGCAACUGGCAUGGCCUGGCAUUCCAAGAACAAGGAGCCUGUGGUUCAAAAGUUGAGAACUCAUGGGAAGAAGCUGCCUGUGGAAUUGCAGCAGAUGAUGGCACCCAACAAAAAGGGCAAUGAGCAGUGGCCAUCUCCAAGCCCUGGCUCUUUGUUUCAAAGCUGUUGCUCCACAGACUGGCUCUUCCAUUACUUCUCAGACCAAGCUGCCACAGAUGCAGAUGUCAAUUCUGCAUGGCUUUCUUGCCUUGCCAGGCCAGGGGCCAUCUUGGCACAACAAUCCACUUCAUCAGUGGUCAUGGUCAUUGCUUCUGCAGAGUACAGCUUCUUGGGUGUGGCCAUGGAGGCCAAAGUGGGCUUGACAUUGGAAAGGACCUUCCACUGUGUUGUGAGGCGGGAUUCCAUUGGCUUCCACCACAUCACAGACUUGGAUGAUUGGUUGGAGUUGCAGGUGGAGCCUUGCCUCACCACAGCAGGAGGAACUAGGGGCCCCAUUGGUUGGCGGAAGAUUGCUGAGCCUCUCACCUUGGAUUUAGCUGCUUUGCUGAAAGGCAUCACCUUGACAUUUCUGCAGCUCAAGGAUUUGGUUGUGGCAUUGGGGGGCUCCAAGAAAGGCAUAGCUUCCAAGAAGGCUGCCAUAGAGCUCCUCAUCACCAUGGCCUUUGCUGCUGACAAAGUGGAAGAGGUGAAGGCAAUGUAUGCUGCUGAAGAGGAAGCCAGGGGUGAUGAGCAGAUGGACUCUGAUCUCUCUGAAUUGGUCUCUGAGCUUGGGCAAGAUGAUGCCAACACCCAAGACCUCAAAGACUUGAAGGAGAAGAAGCAGGCCUACAGACAAAAGAAAGCCCUCAAGAAGGCAGAGCAGCAGGUGCUGCUGCAGGGCAAGGAGAAGUCCAGGAGGGCCAAAAAGCUGGCUGCACAAAGGGACCAAGGAGCAAUGGCUGAGAUUGUCAAGCAGGAAAGGCAUGUGGAAAUGGAGGUGGCAAAGGAGAUGACUGAUGAUCCAGAACAGGUGAGAAAGGCUAAGGCUGCUCCUGCUGAGGAGGCUGAUGUUGACAUGAAUGAUCUAUUUGGAGAUGCUGUGCCAGAAGGCCCUGAUGCAGGUGCAGCACCUUCUUCUUCGUCUGGGCCUCAUCAAAGGGCCCCAAAGACUUACAAGUCACUUGAUGACAUCUUGGGCCUCCUGAACCCACCAGGCUGCAAAUUCACCUUGAGUGGCAUGGACCACAGGUUCAAGUCUGAGUGGGAGGAUGACCUCCCUGAACUGGAUCAUCCAUACAGCCAAAAGAGAUUCUCUGCAUCCUUUGCUAAAAGAAGAACUUGGCAGGAUGCCCUGAGCCUUGUGCAUGAGCGAAAUUGGCAGAAAUGGAACCUUGUGAAAGAUGAGUAUCUGCUGGGUGAAGGUGAGGAGCCACAGAAGCCUGGUGUGAUUCCACAGGAAUUGCAAGAUCUUUUGCAGGUGGAAAUUGCCAAGCUUGGGAAGCCAAAAACUUAUGCCAAGGGUGCUGCUGGAGAAGAUGACACCCAGAUGGCAGUCUUGCUUGCUUGGGCAUGGCUUGAGCCCUUUGGGCUUAGCCAUGGUGGUGAACACUGUGCUUGCCUCUGGCAUUGGCAGUCCUUGUCUCCUCUUGGCUUGCCUUGGUGCUUGCCACCUUGGUGCAGAUCUUGCUUGCUUGGGCAUGGCUUGAGCCCUUUGGGCUUAGCCAUGGUGGUGAACACUGUGCUUGCCUCUGGCAUUGCCUUGGUGCUUGCCACCUUGGUGCAGGUCUUGCUUGCUUGGGCAUGGCUUGAGCCCUUUGGGCUUAGCCAUGGUGGUGAACACUGUGCUUGCCUCUGGCAUUGGCAGUCCUUGUCUCCUCUUGGCUUGCCUUGGUGCUUGCCACCUUGGUGCAGGUCUUGCUUGCUUGGGCAUGGCUUGAGCCCUUUGGGCUUAGCCAUGGUGGUGAACACUGUGCUUGCCUCUGGCAUUGGCAGUCCUUGUCUCCUCUUGGCUUGCCUUGGUGCUUGCCACCUUGGUGCAGGUCUUGCUUGCUUGGGCAUGGCUUGUCAUUGCAAGGCCUUUGCGCUGCUUGCACCAACCCAAUGGGAAUGUGAUUGCAUUUUCAUUGGGCUGUACCUGGAAUAUGGGAAAGGG